UUUUUUUUUUUAUUCUUCCUCUCCAGCUUCAACCUCUCCACCAUCUGGCUGUCUAUCAGCACCAACACUCCGCAUCGAUUACUCCUUCUCCAUCGCUCGCCACAAAAAGGGCAUUCAUCGGAUUGUAGGCCUGAGAGUCCACGUACUCAAAGAUGGCCUCAUUCAAGGAAUUGUCCCUUUCCCGUCCGCUCCCCCAACAUAACCCCCGCCACCAUUCCCACUCCAUCUCCCUCGGUGCCGUGAACUCCAAUUUCCGGGUGACUCGCCGCAAGAGCGUUACUACUGCUGCCGCCGCAAAUGCUGCCGCCGCGGCGGUCGCGGCGUCUAUGAAAGAGGCUCCUGGCGAUGGGACGGGGAUUACGAUGCCCUCCCAUCGGCGCGGGAGCCGGAAGGGCUUAGAGUCCAGCUCGGUCGGAGCCCCCUCCGGUUUCGGCUCUUAUCUUUCACGAAGCAUGAACAGUCCCAGCCAAGAACCGCCGGUCGCUCGCAAGACGUCACCCAACCAGGCCAACGAUGGAUCGUCAACGGGCCCAACAAAUGCAGAUGCCAAUAACCCGAAUUCCAAGCCGGUCAGCACUAAGAACCGAAACAGACGGGCCAGCGAAGGAUCGCACCUGGUCAAAGGCGAAGGGAAGCGUGCCAUGGCAGAACUUCGCUGCGAUCGUUGCGGGAAAGGGUAUAAGCAUGGCAGCUGCUUGUCCAAGCAUAUGUGGGAACACGACCCUGCAUGGGCAAUUACCUCGAAGCUUUUGAUCUCCAAACAUCAGCAGGUCCAGUUGCUGGAGGCUGCCUCCGUUCUGGUCACCAUGACUCAGGAUGAUCCGGAGGAGAACGGAGAGGCCGAGUCAGAUCUUUCUUCCGCGUCACCAGAUGCGUCGUCGGAGCUUCGGGACGGCCUCAGCUCAGCUGAGACGACCCCGCCUCCGAUGGACGAAGAUGAUGACGAUGACGACGAAGAUAUGUCUAUCGAACCGGCGACGAUGGACAAGCGGUACAGCGCUGGCAACCUGUCAGCCCACUUCUCCCAUUCCUACCAGUCCGGUCCCUCGAGCUCCUUCACCAGCAGUGCCCCAUGGGCGUCACCAGCGUUUUCGCACUUCCGCCAUUCCAGCAUCGACACCCGCCCCUCCACCGCCGAAGCCAAGCUGCACGAAGACGAUGAGGCCGACUUGGCGGCUGCCAUCGGACUUUGCAACUUUGGAACCCCGCGCAUGGGGCCACAGCAAAUGUCUCCGAGCGUGCCACCGGUGCCUCCACUCCCUACCCGCUACUUGGAUCAAGCCAGCUCCGUCGAUAAUCAGGGCCGUAGCCUGGACCAAUCGAGAACAGGUGCUACCGAUGCGGCUUUCUCCGGCACCACACCGAACUUCCUCUCGCUGUCAUUUAACCCCUCCUUGUCUUAUAAGGUGUCCGACGAGCGAGAAGUGAGAACCGGCAAUGCUGACCGUGCCAAGCGGCAGCACCGCAACGCGGACGUCGACUUCGGAAGCCGGCCUACACAGGCCGAUGAUGAUGACGAUGGCGUCUUCGGCCGAAUGGAAGAGUAGAACGACGACUGACGUCCGUCUAGACUUCCUCCUUCCCACCCUCCGGAUUUUCAUUUUCAUUCUGGUCAGCCUUGGAUCGCUGGCCAGACCGCUGUAUUGCAGCCAUCACUUGAUGACAUGUACGAGCUUUGCGCGACUUCUGUAAAUGCCGGUUAUUCUUUUUGACUAGUUGCGUUGAAACUGGAGUUGGAACACCCCCUUUUGCAUGUAUGCCACUUUACCCCAGGAUUUGUAUACCUCGGCCAGGUUUCCCGAACAAGGUCCGCCGACCCACCCACACUCACAAUGUCCGUUUAUACCAAUUUCAUUUGUCGUUUGGAUUUUUUUGUACCUAUUAAGUCGCUGCAUCCUCGUACCAGACGUCAAGGUGUUUUUGCGUAUGAUUUCUUGGUCCCUUCACUUUUUCUUUUUCUUUUUUACUCCUAUACUAUAUCUCGGUUAUCCAAACCGAACGUCAUGAUCUUGCAUUAUCCAUUUUUUAGGAUCCGGCUGAGGGUGCCGUGAAGGAGGGAAGUUCAUCUUCUACAUUCGACUUACGAAUCAAUCAUAAAUCAAUACAAUAUAUGAAUAAAUAAAUACAUUCUUAC